AAAGCAAAAUUUGUUUCUAGGCUUAUUUAUUGUCUGUAAUGUGAAUAUAAAAUUUCAGACGCAGGUACUUUUAUAGAAACUUCAGCAUGCCUUUAGCAUUAUAAAUAUUAAUUCUUUUAUUCUAUGCGUGUGUAUGUAGUUAUAUUUAAUCACUGUCAUACUGCAUCUUGAUGUUGAAAAACUGCGUAUUGAGAGAGUGAAAAAAUCGAAACAAUUCAUUUGGGAGCAGUUGCCUGAUAUUUCGAUUUUUUGCGUCACAUAUUAGAUUUUUGUUUAGUUGUGAAUGGACAAAUGGGACACUUGCCAAAGAAAGAUAAAAACGAUACAAGUGAGAUAUUCUCAAUGGAACGGGAUGGAUAGUAUAAUUAUUGCUGAAAUACAAUUACUGACUUUUUAAAUAGCAGCAGGAUCUCUGACAAAAGGUGAUAAAAGAAAAAUGAAGAUGACGAGCUCUGAAGACAUUUUCGGCUGCUGCAGAGGAAACAGAGUAUCAGGCUUUGCUUUAGAAAUUUGUUUCUCAUAUUUGUCCAUAUUGUAUACCUGUUAUUUAAUUUUUUUUAGCAAAUGUGAGUUCGAUUAUAAGGUAGUUGACAUUAUGCUUGUCGAAAUUUCUGUGUACGUACAAUUCAAUACGUGGUAGCUGCAAGUGGUUGAGAAAUAUUUCCCAAUAAUGAGUAAAAAUUAUUAAUUAUUCCUGAGAUCCAAAUCGUUUAUUACAUUGUUCAAAUUGCGAUCUGUUCAAAUUCUGGUCAGUUCUCGAUACCCAAAAUAUUUCAUCGCUCGACAUAUGAACCUUGCAUGUUUGACUAAAUUGAUGAUAUUUUUUUUUUCAACUAAUUUGAUAGCUAAUUCAACUGUAUCUCUAAGAUUUUUUUAAUAUCGCUUUUUUGUUCAGCUCACCACUAUCUAGAUGGUCAAAUAGAUUAGUAGAAAAAACUGGGUUAGGUGUGAUAGGGAUGUAUGAAAUAUUCGAGGGUUGGAGAGGUCCCUUUAUCGAUCAAAUAAAAUGGCAACUUAUUAUUUGGCCCUCCCCCGUAGAUUGACAUCAGUUAAAGCUAACCAACAUAACCUUACCCAAAGUUGAGUUACCCAACCCUACCUAAACCCAUAGGCCCCUAGACUUCCAACAAUACAAUCUUUUUCUUGUUGCAAAUUAUGCGUCAGAGUGACAGAAGUGCGAGCGUAAAGAUUUCUGGUUGUAACGUGUUCGUAAUUAAUUCUACCGCUCUCAACGGUAAUAAGAGAUACAAAGAUGCGGGAAUUUGUCGCUGGUGAAAGAAUUUUAGCCACUUGGGCGGAUGGCAGAAAGUAUCCUGCAAAAGUUAAAACUGUGCUUGGAAAUGACAGAUACGAUGUGCUUUUUGAUGACGGUUAUGCCAAGAUCGUCAGAUCGUCCAAGAUGACAAAAAUUGCUGCUACCACCGAAAAGAAGGCAAUGGACGGAGAAUAUAUAGGGAGUAAACAAGAAAGGAGAGAUAAGAAGCGAAAGCACAGUGUAAUGGAUCUGUUUCAUUCAAAUGCAAAAAAACGGGCAAGAACUGAUUCUGAGAAGUCGCUCAAGAAGGAUGAUUCUUUGGUGAGCGAAGACGAUGGAAAAGUUGAGGAAACUGAGUUAACGCCUGCAAUAGCAUAUGAGGCUGGUACCGAAGUUCUCAAAGGAUUUGAGCCUAGUAAAACAAAGGUCAAAACGUACGCCAAGAAAAAAAAGAAGGAGCUAUCCAAAUUUGAUACAGACAAUGAAGAUGAAGUUGGACCAGAAUGGAUCGAUGGUGAACCAAAAGGGAUAGAAUCUUACAUUGUGGACGGUAAUGAUGUUGCAGGACCACGCAGAUCUAUAAUAGUGGCAGAUAAACGUUUGCCACCUGGAUGGCAAAAGCACUUUACUCAAAGAAGGACAGGUACCUCUGCUGGAAAAUGGGAUGUUUUGUUUAUACAUAAAUCAAGUGGGAAAAAAUUCAGAUCGCGCAACGACAUCCGUUCGUUCAUGGAGCAGCAAGGACAGUUCGAUUUCGAGCCAGAAAAAUUUGAUUUUUGCAUACAUCGUAAGAAAAACGGUAAAAACAGUACGGCAAAAAUGAGACAACAGGAGCCGGUGGUUGAAGUUCAGAAAAAAAUCAAAACUCUGCUGCCAAAAGCUAAAACGGCCGUCAGCACCCCUGAGAGUAUGCCCAGCUUCACCCCUCCUUCGCUCGUCUCGAUGCAUCCAGUUACUCCAGUAACGACGCCUGCUGAUCCUGGUGCCAUAACAUAUUCCGUUUUCAUCGGAGGGCUGAGAGUCGAAAUGGAAGACAGUGCUUACAAGUGCCCAAAAGAGGGUUGCAAUAAGAAUUUCCGAAAGGAGAACCUGCUUCAAAUGCACAUAAAACAUUAUCACCCUGAAUAUUCCAAGUUCUUGGGGACUACGCCCAAUGUGGCUGACCUGGCGUACGCGAGGAUGAUCGGCGAGUCGGUGGAAGAUAUAAUCCCGAAAAAACAGAACAACUUUUUGGAAAAAAUCAACAAGUUUGAGAAGAAAAAAGCUUCUCAAGACAAACAAGUGUCUGGCAAUGAAUGCGAAUCUGGUCGAGUCGAUAAAAUGGCUGGUUCAACAAUGGAAGAUUCUAAAUUAGAAAUCACCUCUCCGAUAUCGACACAAAAUAUUGACAUGGACGAAGAGAUUAUGAAAAAUAGGGAGGCCAGCUGUGCCAUGUCACCAGGGACAUUGUUUGAUCUGAAAAUUAGAGAGGAGAAAACUCAAACAGGCAUUAAGACACUGCUGCCAGUUAGACCCACGGCUGUCACUCCCGUUGCCAAUAGCGUUACUACAGAGGCUCUGAAGGUGGAUAGAUCCAAGUCAGCGGAUGAACCUCUGAUCGCGGAAAAAGGAAAAUCUAUGAGGAAGCGGCAGAUGACUGAAUAUAACUCUGACUUACAAAUCAAGUACAAGAAGAAACAAGGCAUGUUGGAGCUUAAGGAUGAUUAUGGGGAUUUAGAUGAUGGUAUUUUGGACACUGAAGAACCCGUUGCCCCUACAUACAGAUUCAGUCGCAGAAAAUCAGACCCAAAAAGUGAUGAGAAUAGUCAAAGCAGUCAACUUAACGAUUCUCAUCUUGAGAAAGGUGAAACCCCGAAAGGGGAUGCUGCCAAAAGAGAUAAUAGUAAUGAUACUGAAGAUGCUGAAGGGGUGAUGAUGAUGAUUAAUGGGGAGCUUGUAAAAGUGGAACAGCUGCGCAGGGAGGAAAUAAUAAAUUGUACGUGUGGAUACAUGGAAGAGGACGGAUUGAUGAUUCAGUGUGAUUUGUGUCUCUGCUGGCAGCAUGGGCACUGUAACGCUAUAGAACGAGAAAAAGAUGUACCAGAGAAAUAUGUUUGCUAUAUUUGUUUACAUCCGUAUAGACAAAGACAAUCGAAAAAGUACAUUUACGAUCAGGACUGGAUUAAGGAAGGAAUAUUGCCCAGCCUUCCAAAUCGUACAAAAAAUCCAGCCACUAUCAAUCACAGGAGUGCUAUGUUGAAGCGCUCGUACGAUUUAGUUGCCGCGCUCUUGCAAAUACAGCAAAUUCUACACAGUCUACGAGUAAAAAUCAACGUUGCUCAGAAGAAGGAUCAUCCAAAGCUUUACUUAUGGGCUAAGAACUGGGAGAAAACUGAGAUCCCAGCACCAAACACUGAUCCGGUACCUAUAAUGGAGAUCGUUAAGCCAUCCUUCGCUCCAACUGAAUCUAGUUUGGAUAGUUCACCAUCGAUGGACGUAAAGGUGGAAAUAAAGAACGAAAUAAAGGAAGAAUCGGACGAAAAAUCAAUUGCAUCUAAUUCUGAACUCAUGAAAAUUCUGGAAGAGGACAGUUUACAUUCUGAAGAAUUGAAGAACAGUAAAAAACAGGAGAUCCCGAACGAAGGAAACAUACUUCUAGGCGCUCUCACUAAAGAUAAUUUAGAUGAGUCAGCCUCUGAAACUAAACCUGAUAACAGUGUCUCAUUUUCAGAGCCACCGAAUAAUCAACCAUCAACGUCAAAGACCCCGGAUCUAGUCUGUCCAGCUGAGCCACCAAAGACCGAGCCUGAGGAACAGGGCGAUCUCAGUGACAUGAUCAAUCUUCAGCCGUUCAUUCCAGAACCAGAAGCUCCGAUUGAUCCAGCUGAAUGUAGAUCACGAUUGCUGGAACAUAUCGAACAUUUUCAGAAUCACAUUGAUUCCCGGCUCACUACGAUCGAAACACAAGUUACCGCACUAGAAGCCAUGGACCCAGAUGACUCUUUGUCAAAUACAGAUGUCUUACCUCGGACAAAACAAACCGUGCAAAUGCUGCUCAGAGACCUCGCGACCGUCAGUAAACUUGCUGCGCUCUGCUGAUAAGGAAUAUCAGUUCUUCGAAAGAGAUAAAUACUUUUUUAUUUAUUAUUAUUAUUGUCGAAGCUUCGAAUCAACAAUUGGAGUGCAAACAGUGCAUUUGUAGAUCCAAUUUGUCAUUUAUUUCUCUCUUCAAGUCCUCUUACUCCGAAGUUUUAGAUUAGAUAAUUCUGAAAAUCUCUUGAAUUAGUUUUAAAACUUCACUUUCUGAGUGCCAGAGGACUUGACUUUUGAAGUGCGUUACAGUCAUGUUUCUAUUUCACUGCUCUGCCGAUACAUACCUUGUUGUUUCGAAAUGCCUUUAUUCAAAAAGUAUGUAAUACUGAUCGCGGAAUUCAAGACGGAUUCUUCAUCGUCACGAUGUUAUUAUGAUACUAGUCUUCAGAAUAAAAGGAGGAUAUCAUAAGGAAA